UCUUUGCCAGCGGGGACCAUGCUGGAGYGCUCACAGCUGAUCCCAUGAGCUCUGACCCCUCCGGCCGUGCCCUGGUCCAGCGGAUGUGGAUGGGACAGGAAUGGUGUUGAUGCCCAGCACUGGCACCCCCGCUGCCCUGCCCCGUUGAGCCCCAUCCCUGUCCGGACAGGGCUCUGCUCCGCUGUGCUUUGGCCGAGUCAUGAGGGACAAACCGAGCCACUGAAAGUCAUCAGCCAAGAACAUUGUUACCCACAUUAACAGCUUUAGUAUUAAAAAGGCCCCAGAAGAUGUAGAGCUGCACAGAACAGCCAGAGCCAGCGGGGCCGGGGCCCUCCUGCGUGGCCACCAUGGCCAAGAGGRGCUCCAGCAGCMGGGCCAGGGGGGACAAACCCGACGCCCUGGCUGCCCUGCAGGCUGCCAACGAGGAGCUCAGGGCCAAGCUCACCGACAUCCAGAUCGAGCUCCAGCAGGAGAAGAGUAAGGUCAGCAAGUUGGAAAGGGAGAAAAAUCAGGAAGUGAAGCAGAUCAAGGAGCACGAACAGCAUAAAAGUACCGUGGUAGUCACYGAGCUCAAAGUCAAACUUCACGAAGACAAAAUGAAAGAGCUCCAAGCUGUUCGAGAAACACUUCUGAGACAGCACGAAGCUGAACUGCUCAGAGURAUUAAAAUUAAAGAUAAUGAAAUCCAGAGACUGCAAACCCUGCUCAACGCCRUGCGGGACGGGGCCCCCGACAAGGUGAAAACGGUGCUGCUCAGCGAGGCCAAGGAGGAGGCCAAGAAGGGCUUUGAGGUGGAGAAAAUCAAAAUGCAGCAGGAAAUUUCCGAGCUGAAGGGGGCUAAGAAACAAGUGGAGGAGGCUCUCACCAUGGUCAUCCAGGCUGACAAAAUCAAAGCUGCAGAGAUCAGGAGUGUGUACCACCUGCACCAGGAGGAGAUCACCAGGAUCAAGAGGGAGUGCGAGAGGGAAAUCCGCAGGCUGAUGGAGGAGAUUAAGUUUAAGGACAGAGCAGUCUUCGUGCUGGAGAGAGAGUUAGGGGUGCGAGCCGGGCAUGCUCAGAGACUGCAGCUCCAAAAGGAGGCUUUAGAUGAACAACUGUCCCAGCUCAAAGAGUCUGACCGCCAUCUGAGCAGCCCCAAGCGGGAACUUCCUUAUGCAAGUGGUGCAGGAGACGCUUCAGAUCAUUCGGGAAGCCCCGAACAGCAGUUGGAUGAAAAGGAUGCCCGGCGCUUCCAGCUGAAAAUCGCGGAGCUGAGCGGGAUCAUCCGGAAGCUGGAGGACAGGAACGCGCUGCUGUCRGAGGAGAGGAACGAGCUGUUGAAACGCCUCAGAGAAGCAGAAAGUCAGUAUAAGCCCAUCUUGGACAAAAACAAACGCCUCAGUAGGAAGAAUGAGGAGUUGUCACAUGCCUUACGUCGAAUGGAAAAUAAAUUGAAGUUUGUGACACAGGAGAAUAUCGCCAUGAGGCAAAGAACUGGAGCCAUAAGGAGACCAAGCUCCUUAAAUGACCUCGACCACAGCCAGGAAGAGAGAGAAGUGGAUUUCCUGAGGCURCAAGUGAUUGAGCAGCAAAACAUCAUAGAUGAGCUCUCCAAGACCCUGGAGACGGCUGGCUAUGUGAAGAGUGUCAUGGAACGGGAUAAGCUGCUAAGGUUCAGGAAGCAAAGGAAAAAAAUGACAAGGAUCCCUAAGCCCGUGGUGGAGACGUUCUAUGGCUACGAUGAAGAGGCUUCCCUGGAGUCAGAUGGAUCCUCCAUCUCCUACCAGACCGACCGCACCGACCAGACCCCCUGCACUCCCGAGGAUGACCUGGAAGAGGGCAUGGCCAAGGAGGAGACRGAGCUGCGUUUUCGGCAGCUGACGAUGGAGUACCAGGCCCUGUGUCAUUAUUGUAUCCUCUGUAUGUGGGAUUCAGUGAUGCUGCUGUGCUGUGCUGAACAUUGCAGCUUCACCUGCAGCACUGUUCAUUUCCUUCCCAAGGACAUGAAGUGGAUUGAAGAGAAGCAGGCGUUGUACAGAAGAAAUCAGGAGCUGGUGGAAAAGAUAAAGCAGAUGGAAGCCGAGGAGGCGCGGCUCAAACACGACGUGCAGGACGUGAAGGACCAGAACGAGCUGCUGGAGUUCCGCAUCCUGGAGCUGGAGGAGAGGGAGAGACGUUCCCCUGCCAUCAACUUCCACCACGGCCCCUUCACGGAGGGGAAGAGCCCGCUGCAGGUUUACUGCGAGGCUGAAGGUGUCACAGACAUAGUGGUAGCAGAGCUGAUGAAAAAGUUGGAUAUUUUAGGGGAUAACGCCGUAAGUGUAUGUUCCUUUAAUAAAUUGUGCAUGCUUUGGGGAAUACCUGUCCUGACACUGCAGCAGGAGUGGCUCCAGCAGAUCGAAGUGACCGAGUCGGCGCUGCAGCAGAAGAUGCUGGACCUGGAGAACGAGAAGGAGCUGUUCAGCAAGCAGAAGGGUUACCUGGAUGAUGAGCUGGACUUCAGGAAGCAGUCUCUGGACCAGGCUCACAAGCAAAUUCUGGAAUUAGAAGCCAUGCUCUAUGAUGCCCUGCAGCAAGAAGCUGGAGCCAAAAUUUCCGAACUUCUUUCAGAAGAGGAGAAGGAGAAGCUGAAGAGCGCCGUGGAGCAAUGGAAGCGGCAGGUGAUGAGUGAGCUGCGGGAGAGGGACGCCCAAAUCCUGCGGGAAAGGAUGGAGCUGGUCCAGCACGCACAGCAGAGAAUUAAAGAGCUAGAAGAAAGAAUUGAAGCCCAAAAAAGACAAAUAAAAGAGUUAGAGGAAAAGUUUUUAUUUUUGUUUUUAUUUUUCUCUUUAGCUUUCAUUCUUUGGUCAUAGUCCUUCAGGCCACAUGCACAAGCCUCCCGGGGACGCUGCAGCUGCUCCUGCUGCUCCUCACUUGGGGACAGCGCUGCUUCCCGAGCC